UUGGCAUCGUUUGUAUUGGAAGCAGCGCGUCGUUGUUGUAUCGACACAAAAUCAAAGUGUUCACGUUGAUCCAUCAGUUCGUAUGCGAUACGUAACAUUGCAUCACACGAUACUACCGUUGAAACGAACGUCCUCAUCAUCAACUUUUGGAACACACGGUUGCGAUCCUGUGUACCACGCAUCGCAGCUACCUAUAACGGAAUACCACGGAAAUAGCUUGACGAACGGUGAUUAUUUCAAAAUUUAUAUCGGUGGUUUGAGUGAUGGAUUGCCAUUGGCAGACGUCUGAUCAUCGACUUUUCUUCAAAUGUUCGUUACCACCGUGAAUAUAGACACAUCCACACGCCCCGUUCCUUGUAUCAGAAUGCAAUUCUGCAACGGACCAAAAUAUAAUCCAGUUCAGUGAAAUCAUUGAUGAGAUCUAAGCUUCAAUCGUGCGGAUCGAUCGGAUUUUCGGUGAUGUUUCGUUUGUGGAUUUAAAAACAAAAACAAAUAAAACACUAGAAACGUACUUCAUGGAUAGCAACGGAAGGAGCACAGCAUAAAUGAAGAGCAAAAAGAUCGAAAUUUAAUGUCUAAUAAAUAACGCUCAAUAGAAACCGUUACGAAAUAAAAAAGAAUUAAAUAAAAAUCGAAGUAAGACAAAAGGACGGAAGAGCCAGCGAGCGAGAUAGAGAGAACGAGCGGGAGAGCGGAAGAGAGGCGAACAGAAGGGAGUAGUAGCAGAAGCAGCAGUAGCGGAAUCCAUUGCAAUGAUAUCGUACAUAUUCGCACGCAAACACAGGAAAACAACAGUGAAAAUGAAAACUAUUUGCUCAAAUUAAAUUGUUGCAGAGCGACGAAGUGAAACAAAAUAUCAAAAGUGUAUGUAGUUUGUCGCCCGUACGUUGUAUGCAGUCCAAUGUUUCUUUUCGGUUGAACGGAACGUGAAACAAAACUGCAUAAAAGGAGUCGAUUUACGGCUCUAGCCGUUCGUGCAUAUUGGACGAAUUCAUCUCAAAAACCUAAAUGUGCUGAAGUGCAAUUUGUUUCGAUAGCAACAGCGAAACGCAACGACAAACAGAAAAAAAAAAUUACUUCCCGAAAAUUAAAACAGAAUAAAAAAAGAAUUAAACAACAACAACAACAUCAACAGCAAAUUAUACAAACAAGGAAAACGUUAUUAAAUUUCGGCGCAAAUUGGUUCGAAAAAAAGGAGAAUUCCAACAGUAGUAGCACGUCAAACGUGUACAAUCCACCAUGAGAAUGCCGUUGACUACAGCCGAAACACUGCGAGCAUGGAUUUUAUCAGCUCUUGUCGUUCAUGGCGUGGUUCCUUGUUGUGCCGGCAAUCCCGAUGCAAAACGGUUGUAUGACGAUUUAUUAAGUAAUUAUAAUAAAUUAGUGAGGCCCGUGGUGAACACUUCGGAUGUGCUCAAAGUCAGCAUCAAGCUCAAAUUAUCACAGCUGAUUGACGUGAAUCUAAAAAAUCAAAUAAUGACAACAAAUCUUUGGGUAGAACAGUCAUGGUACGACUACAAGCUGAGGUGGGAACCAAAGGAGUAUGGCGGAGUGCAGAUGCUUCAUGUGCCCAGCGAUCAUAUAUGGCGACCGGAUAUUGUGUUGUACAACAACGCCGACGGUCACUUUGAAGUUACGUUAGCUACGAAGGCAACCAUUUACAGCCAGGGUUUGGUGGAAUGGAAGCCACCAGCCAUUUACAAAUCGUCUUGUGAAAUAGAUGUAGAAUAUUUUCCGUUCGAUGAACAAACGUGUGUUUUGAAAUUUGGCAGUUGGACAUAUGACGGUUUUAAGGUUGAUUUGCGUCACAUGGAUGAGGAAGUGGGCUCGAAUAUCGUUGAUUUUGGCGUUGAUCUAUCUGAAUUCUAUAUGUCAGUUGAAUGGGAUAUUUUAGAAGUUCCAGCUGUGCGAAAUGAAAAAUUCUACACAUGCUGCGAUGAACCGUACUUAGACAUCACAUUCAACAUAACGAUGCGACGAAAAACGUUAUUCUACACUGUGAAUAUAAUCAUCCCCUGCAUGGGCAUUAGUUUUUUAACGGUGCUAACGUUCUACUUGCCAUCUGAUAGUGGCGAAAAGGUAACGCUUUCGAUAUCGAUUCUUAUUAGUCUCCACGUGUUCUUCUUGCUGGUUGUCGAAAUCAUACCGCCAACAUCACUGGUUGUUCCUCUGCUGGGAAAAUAUUUGAUAUUCGCUAUGAUCCUUGUCUCCAUCAGCAUUUGUGUCACAGUGGUAGUGCUCAACGUUCAUUUUCGAUCACCUCAAACGCAUAGGAUGGCGCCGUGGGUAAAAAAAGUGUUCAUAAACUUUUUACCGAAAUUGUUGUUUAUCAAACGACCGCAGUACAAUUUCGAAACCAGCCGAAAAUUGCUUGGCGAUUCGCAUGUAUGCUUUUAUCCAUAUUAUUCAACAACACAUUUGGAACAAAGCUCGCAAUUCAGUCGAGCACAUUCUAAGGAUGAUUUAACACCAACAAGCUUAAGCAGAUCCGGACCGUUUGGGAGUUGUCAAAUUCACGGUUCCAUGCCGAUGCCUCAGUCCGAGUCAGACGAUUUAUCAAAUAUGCCGGAUAUUGAUAAUGCUUCUGGUGGCAUUAAAAGUCCAAUUAUUAAUAAUCCAGCCUUUUCACACUCAAAAUGCCCACCAGAAAUCCAUCGCAGCUGCUUCUGUGUACGAUUUAUUGCUGAACACACAAAAUUACUGGAGGAUUCAACAAAGAUCAAGGAGGAUUGGAAAUACGUAGCCAUGGUGUUGGAUCGGUUAUUUUUAUGGAUAUUCACGUUAGCGGUUUUAGCGGGCACAGCUGGAAUCAUACUACAAGCUCCCACACUAUACGAUGAUAGAAUACCAAUUGAUCGGAAAUGUUCUGAAUAUGAGCCGGGUGCGGCUCCAGUCGGUCGCUGUCCUGAACAAUAACGAUGAUUUCAUUCUGAUGAGAUCCGUAUAUUUAUUACCGUUUAUUAUGAUUAUUAACUGAAGCAUACACUUUCGGUACGGCGCGGUCCUUCUGAGAAAGAGCGAACGACAAAAAAAAAAUACGUAGGUAUAUUUUUUCCCCUUCGGUCGGAUCGGCAAGAGUGCAAGAGAUUCGCUUCCAUGCCACGAAUGUUAGAGACGAUAGAAGAGUUCGUAAAUGGAAGAGUAAAAAGAAAAUAUAUACACAUAAAACCAACCAUUCACCAGAAAAUAUAUUUAAAAAAAAUGAAGAUAUUGCAGUUUUAUUGCAAGACAAAAUGUUCCGCUGUUCGGCUAAUGGAAAUACAAUACUAAGUAACGAAGGACCGUUUACAUUGUGUGCACCGCUCAGUGAGAGCGAUACCUUUUAGACUGUGUGAAAUUAUUUUUUAUUUUAUGAUGUGUACUGUACAAAAAAAAAGAAAUAGAUAACAAGUGGAGAACAGAGAAGAAAAUAACCCCUAAGGAAUAGCGAAUGAACUGAGAACAAAAAAAUUGUGCAUCCGUAUUUGUUAAUCAUGGUUCGAAAUGAGUGCCUCAAUUUGAGUAUAUUUGACUGAUGAAAACGAUCAGCGGCGAUGAAUUCGACUACUAACAUAAUAAUGUAUUUAAUAUUACACCAUUUUCCAACGAAUAUAAUAAAUUAACAAGAAAUAACAGUAGAAUCAAGAAAACUCUUAAAAACAACAACAAUUCAAACGACGAAACACCAUCGACCAACAACAACUACAACAGCAUCACGCAUGCAUGUACUGUUUCUCGCCACGCGUUAGCUAUAUUCAAUCGUUUGGACCGGUUUCGGCAUGUGAGAAAAAGAUAGUGAGAAAGGAAGAGCGAGGGCAAGAGAGAGAGAGAGAGAGAGAGAGAUAGAGAGAGAGAGAGAGAGAGAUAGAGAGAGAGAGAGAGUCAUUGAAUUUGGAGCUGCAUCAAGUUGAAUUUUGGUCGUGCAAUUUGUUACGUAAAUGACAUUUUAAAAAUAUAAGUGCUCGGCUUUUCUUGAUGUUUCCUCUUUCGCUGCAGACAGGAAAUUUCAAGUAUUUGCAAAAGUUUUCGCAAGUUGCUUUGUUCGUUUUGGUUUUCUCAAGCAAGCAACGACGUUGUUCUUGGUCUGCUUCUGUGGACGCGAUGCAUUUUUCAUUUGGGAGGUGGAAGCGUACACGAACGAACGAACGAACAAAUGAGAGGGCGGGCGGAUUUUUGGUGGAUUUCGACAUUUUUGUACAUAAUAAUCCCGAAAUUGAAAAAUCUCAUGUGCAAGCAUUUAUAUACUACUGCAAUUACAAGAACAAUAUUUGAAGCGGGAAUAAAAACGCCUGAAAAAUUUAUAAGUUUCACUGCUAAGCGCAACAAAAUAAUGCCAUGUUGUUCAAGAAGCCAUCGAAAUGUUGAAUUUGAUCGCAUAAAUUCAGUUUGUCGGGAUGAAAAUGAAAAGUAUUGCGACGUUUCGUGUUAUGUAAGAUGGUACGAAAAAUUUGUUUUUCGCGUUAAAAUUCGGGACUCUCUAUAGAUAAGCUGCUGCUUAUGCCGUUGUCGGUGCUGAAGUGACGGAAAAGCGAAAGAGUGUGCAAUAAUAAAAUCGGAAUAUUUUUUGCGAGUUGUCGUCUCUUUUAAUUUCGACUUCAAGAAUAGUUCGGCGGAUAAUUAUCUGGGACACGGAAAAAUGCAGAGACAACUUAAAUUUAGUGCUUUACUUUCGAUGUCGGUCAAAUCUCACAUGUGUAGCACACUUGUGUAUGAUCAAAAAGUCAUGAAAAAAAUACACAAACACACAGCGAGGAGACAUUCACUGGCGGUGCAGAGUAGUGCGACCACUCGAAGCACAUUUUCGUAUACCCAUUCUCACAACACAUACACACAUGCUUCCACGAAGUGAAAAGCGAUUGACAUAUACAUGCGGCCAAAUGUUUGCCUAUGAGUGUAAUGCUCUUUGAUUUGAGUGAAUGAGUUGCGACACAAGGUUUGAGACAGUGUUUUGUAAUCGGGACAGAAGUUGCAUUUGCUAUGCUCUGUGCAACUUGUUGUUGUUAUUUGUUCCUGUUCCUAAUAAAAUGGAUGUUUAGCUCUUCAGUCUAAACAUGCGUUUUCCCACUCAUUAAACGCAAUUUCUCGAUCGGAGCACACUCUUGAGAGUCACAAGCGUAAACAGUACGCAAUUAUAACGAGAAUGUUGCGGGAGUGAAUAAAAAAUCAUAGGGAAUAAAAUCACGUUGCCAUUAGAUUUUUAAUUACUGAGCGGCCGUGAGCAAAACAGAUGUAUAAUAAUUGCUUUGAUUGCAUAAAAUUAAUAACCGCCAGCUUGUGGCAACCAAAUGUGUUUGCGGCAGAUCAUGGGAGUUUGUUCUUGAGAAAAUGAAGAAAAAAAAAUAGAGUACGGUAGCAAAAGUCCAAUAAACCGCGUUGACCCAUCGCAAAACACAUUGUUCUGCUCUUAAUUUAAAACGAUUUUGUUCUAAACUUUAUUUCAGUUUUAGAGCCGCAUACACAUCUUCCCUUUUUUGUUGCUAUUUCGCUCUCGGUGAUGUUCAUCGUUCGCUGAUAGACAAUUUCCUCAUAUUGGCCGUUUCAAGCUCGAGAACCGGUUCGAGUUGGUCUUUUUAACCAAAUUGUGCUUUCACACAAUAAAACUUUAUGUUUGGCUCGUUACUUUUUUUUCUUCGGUUGUUUGCAUUUAUUUAUUUUUUUUUCAUUUCUCAUUGCUUCAUCUUUUUUUCCAAAAGUUUUCUUUCAUCACGAAAACUUUACGGUACAGAAAUAUGUGUGAGCAUUGCUUACAAAGCAAAGAUGGGGAUGGCAUGGCCGCCGAAAAUGAAAUGGUCGAAGCAAACGAGAGAGAGAGAAAAAAAAAGUUGUUUUCGUUGCGAUUUUAUUGGUGAACGGUUUCAGGUAUUCGAGUACACUACCUUUAGUUUUUGUUUAAUGCAGUUUUUUUUUCUCAUUUCGUGUUGAAAAUUCUUCUGAAGUUAUGUUUAGGCGGCCACAAACUUUUCCAUUUUGUUUACGGAGUGUUUCGUUUAAUUGUUAUUGUUGCAUAUUUCGAUUGUUUGAUGCGGCAAUUCUGGUUCAAUGUGAUGAAUGACGAAAGGUUGGUCGGGUGGUUUUAUCUCUUUUUUUUUUCUUCGUUGAAUGUAUGUCUGUGUGUGCGAAUGUGUUGAGAAAUUAGAGACCGCAAUAAAUGUGAAUGGAAUUGGUGUGAGGUAUAUGAUCGAUUAUUUACUCUAGCGAAGCUCGUCGAUUUUGCACCAAAUUUCUCGAUCAGAAUUGGGUCAUGUGCGUCAUUUUCCAUAAUGUCAAAUGGGAUGAUUCAUUGGAAGAUGUUUAUAUGGAGGAUUUAGGAACCCCGACAACGACACAGAGAAUUAAUUUUAAGCAUGCUUUGUGUGUGAUGCCACCUAAAGCUUUGUAAAUUGAGGCAAAGAGAAAGAGAGAGAUAGAAAUCCCGCAUACGCUUCGCACAAAUUGUAAAACGAAUCAUUGCCCUUUGCUUGCAACCAAUUUUUUUUCUCUGCCGUCGUAGAUAGAUGACGACGAAGAAGAAGAAGAAGUUGCUUUGUUGACAAAAAAAAUGCAGCAAAAAUGUGUGUGCUUCGCUUCUGCUCUGUGCUGUGUUAUAGCCAUUAUUUUUCUUUUCCUGGCAUGCCAUUCGCAUUUGGUGGCACAGCAAUAACAAAGUUCGCGCACAAAAUUGCAACCAUUGCACCAGCAGCAGCUAGAUAGAGAGCGUGAGCAUAGUGAAAAACACGAAGUAGAAGUAAAAGAAGAAGAAGAAAAAUGAUGAGAAAAAACGGCCCAACAUUAAACUAAAUUGUGUAAUCAAUGUGUAAGAAGACAUCAUCAUGACAGCAUAAUUUUAAUAUUACUUACUUUCUUACUUUCCAUUUAAUUCUGUUGAUUUCAUGAUACUGUCCGCGGACACUAGAAUUCAUUUACAUUAACGUGAUGAUAUCAUUUUCUCAACGUACUCCCGGACAAAGCCGAGAGAGCGCUCCGAAUCGAGCGAACGAAUAGAUCGGGUUGGGGGUGUCGCACCAACAACAAACGAACGAACAAAAUUAUGUGUGAUUGCAAACCUACGAAAUUUGUUAUUGCGAAUUGAAUGUAAUUUUACGUUGAACGGGAAAUUCAUGAAAGUCACUUGCAUUUUCGAAAAAUUGAACGGAAAUUUAGCCGGAAAAUAAAUGCGACGAGAAAAAAAUAGAUCUUUGAAAUCUUAAAUUGCAUUGUGCGUUCUGUGUUAAAUGAGCAGAAGCCCAGUCGAGGCACACUUUUUGGACGCUGUUGACAUAAAUCGAUAAUAAUGAAUGAAAAAGAGAAGAAAAAAACCCAUUUAGAAUGAGAGUGAAAAUGGAAUACGCAUACACACCAAUCAUCACACAAUUAUUAUCUCAAUUUGUAAAUUAAAACUCCAAACUUUUAGCAAACCAAGCGUUAUUAUUCUAAACACGGAAACGUAUGAGAACACAAAAACAAACCACAAAAAAGAAAAAGAUGAAGACGAGAGAAAAAAACGAAUCAUAAUUAAACACAAUCCAUUCAAUGGGUUUAAGCGGAAUUCACCCGGACAAGAGAAAAAAACGAAGUGACAAACAAAUAGAGAGAAAAAAAGAAGAAAAAAUUUACCAAUUCACUAAUUCGGCUUAUCCUUAGACAUUCAUGCUAGAAUUUUAUGCAGCCGAACCAUUGCCAAAAAUAAAAUCCAAACAAACACAUACACACAAAACAACAACAAGACAUUAUAUCAUUGCCCAUUUUUCAACUGCGAUCAUUAAUCAUUGUGUUUGAGUUUUACUUCUAUUUACGUUCCGUUUUCAAACAAGCAAUUCGGAAAUAUCGGUAAUUUAUACAAGAAGAUAUUCGGUUACAUUUCGAAAUAUUCGCUAUUUCCGCAUCGAUAAUGUACAGUUGUACACACUGCAUACGCGCGCUCAAUUUCUCUAAAAGUUUUCGUUGUGCUUUUUUUUCUGCUUGUCUCAUUGAUUUUUUUUUCAUUCAUUAUUUCGUAUGGAGAAGACUUCGCUAACUCUGACAAUUCCGUUUUCAUCUGAUGAAAACUGUUCAUAAAACAACCAUGAAAUAUGGUGUGUCUGAUUUUGUGUCACUUUAGUUUUUGAUACUGAUCGCCAUUGUUUCACUCAAUGGAUUGCGAAGAGCCUUCUUUGACCUCCAAAGUAAUAGGAAGAAAAAAAACGAACCAAAGAAAAAAAAAUUCCUAACAUAGAAUAGAAUCAAACGCACUGUAUUUAGACCGUCGACUGAAUCUAUCUUCGCACACACACGUAAUAUAUAAUAAAAUUGUUCAAUUGCAAUUCAUUGCUCGGAUGAAAGUUGAAUGAGUCAGUUCAUUUGACAGAAGGCACACCAUGACGACAAUGCCAUGAACAAGAAUCUCCCUUUUUUAUAUAUGUAUUCUAAUAUUAAUACCGUAUAUGUAUUGUAUGUAUGUAAAGCAGUUGCCAGUUAAAGUUCCUCAACCAAUUUCUAUGUGCUUGAAAUAAUAGUCGUUUUUAUCAGAUCUCGCAGAACAGCGAAUACGAACAAUAGAUGGUCCUUUGAAUUCGAACCUUAAACUUCAAAAGACAUACCCGUAGAUUUGUCGAACCAAUUAGCCAAAAUGAAAUUAGCUACAAAGAAAAUAGAUGAAUUUUCUAAUAAAAUAAUAAAACUAACACACAAAAAAAAACAAAAUCGAUGCCAAAAACAGAAGAAUAUGGCGAAGGAAUAAUGAAAGGAAACAGAAAAAAUAAAUAAAUACAAAUUAAAUAUAUCGAGAGAUAUUUUAAGAUGAAGAGUUAACAUUUACUAGUCAAUAAAACAAAACAAAAACAACCAAUUGAUCGCAGAUAAAAGAGAAGAAAAAAAAACUGAAUUAUUUUGUGUACAUACAAAGAAAAAACAAAAAAAAAACAAAAAAAUGGUUAAAAAAAAUAUAUUUGAAUUUACGAUAACGAUUUUAGCAUUAUUAUGAAUGCGAAACUAAGAAGGAUGUUUUGUAUGGUCUGAUGCAGGUUAAACUAACUAACACAAACACACAAAAGCAAACAAACAUGAGAGAAAUACAAAAAAAAAAAUCAAAACGCAAUUACAUUAGAAUGGCGAGAGAAGUACAUUUAAAAUUAGAAACUAUUCAAACAAAAAUGGUUCAAACCACUUACCGAUCAUUAUGAACUAUGUUUAAACAGAAAGUGUCAUAGAGUCUAGAAAUUAAUGCAAUUAGCUCAAAUAUUUGUUAACACUUUAAUAAUAUAUUACGAUUAUUAAAACGUGUACAUUUCAACCGCACCGGUUGGGGAACAACGCUAUCCAUUUUGCAUUGUAUCGUCGGGCGCGAGCGUCGGCAUGUGUUUCAAACCCAAACGGUGGUAAUUGCUCAAUGCAUGGCGACGUACCGGAACCGAACAUGGAAAACCAACGACUUAUGACAUUUUAUUAAUUAAAUGAGAGUAAAAAAACAACAACAACAACAACAAUACCUAUGCAAAACAAACUAAAACAUAAUACCUUUAAUUUUAUUAAUCAAACAAAACUUAUUUGAUAGGAAAUUGUAAUGACAUUGGUAAAAAAUAAAACAGAGACAAAUACACACAUUACGAAUAUAGUGUUUUCAAUGGUGGGGAAAACACAAAUUGUUUGACGAAGAAAAAAAAUCACUUAUUGAAAAUUAUUGCAAUUGGAUGAUGUUGUGUUUUUUUAUCGUUUCAAUUAGCAUUCGCCAAGUUUAGAGACAUUUUUCAGAAUUAUGUUGAACACUGAAUAACUGUUAUUUGCUCACAAAGUUAAAUCUGAUAACA